AUGGCUGCGUUGCGGAAGGUGGCUGUGGGAAGUGCAGGAGCCCUGGGUCUAGCGACUGUCGGCACUGCCUUUGUGUAUCGGCCGAACCCAUGGUCCAAUCCGCCGAGUGACCCGCUGAGCGAGCGCGCGGGCCAGGAGGAAGAGAGCUUCCUCAUGAAGACCUCUAGGCUCUUCACGUUCGUCACGGGCACGGCCGCCUUUUCGAUCCUGAUGCAUGUCCUGAACACCUUCGAGCUGAAAGAAGACGAGCACUACAGGAAGUUCCUCAGCCUGGUGGAGGAGAGGCCAAGCGGGGUGCCCCUCCUCACGGUGUGCAAUCACUGCUCACCGGUAGACGACCCUGGCGUGCUCGUGGGCAUGCUCCCGGCCAGGGUGACGGUGAGGCCGGAGCUGAUGCGCUGGACCAUCUGCGCGCAGGAGAUUUGCUUCAAGUGGACCGCCGCGGGGACGGGGUUCGGCUCGGCGAAGGUGAUGCCGAUCGCGAGGGGUAGCGGGAUAGACCAGCGCUUGCUGCUGAACUUCUACCGCCGAUUGCUGGGAGGAGGCUGGUGCCACAUCUUUCCGGAGGGGCACUGCGAGCAGGGCGGCUCCCUCGGCGGGCGGGCGGCGGGCGCGGGCCGCGACGAGCACGGCCGUCUCAAGUGGGGGGUCGGCAAGAUGAUCGCGCACGCCCCCGUCACGCCCGUGGUGAUCCCGCUCUUCCACACGGGCAUGGCCAACCUCGUCCCGAUCAACCCCCUCACCCGAAAGAUCCUGCACGCCCUGCCGAGGAUGGGACACACGGUCACCGCCCGCGCGGGGAGAGCAAUAACUUUUGACGACCUGCUAGAGGACCACGAGAGACGGCACGGCCGGCUCCGAAAGCUCGCGCUCCCACCAGAGUCUUCCCCUCCUCCUGCGGGCGACAGCAGUGGCGGGGAAGGGCCGCCGCCAGGAAUUUUUUCCACCUCCUCCUCCGUUGUGAUCCCGGGGGGCGGCGAAGGGGACGUCCUCUGGAGGUCUACGCGCGAGGAGCGGCAACUGUACAGCAGGAUUGCUCGAAGGGUGGAGGAGGCGCUGCUCCAGCUGGAGGCGGAGGCGAGGCGAGAUCUGGGGCAGCGGUACCCCGGGUACCCGGCGGAAUCCGCGGCGCUCCUGGCGGCGGAAGGCAGCGAGGGCGGCGGGCCUCGAGAUUGAGAGGGAGGGGGUGGAGGUGGUAUUGGAUGGCGGCCUUGGGUUAAGGCCCCGAUACUGAGAGGCACAUCGCGAGGUUGCGGUGUGCCGCCAGUGUGGUUGGGUUUACCUGUAGGAAGUCUUAUUUGGCACCAAGCGAGCCCCUCUCCCUGCCUUGUAUUGGUCGUGCUGUGCUCUCUUGUUUGUUCAUUGUGCCGGUCGGUGACCCUUGCUCUGGCGGAAGGCGCUUUUCUUGUCACUAACUAAAGUAUGUGCCUGUCCAUAUCCAAUGUGAUUCCGUACGUGUUGAAAGUACAAUAC